UCUUCGGUAUUCUCCCCUCCAAUGCCGCAGUCUCCGCCAAGGUUCCGCCCUCGUCCCUCCCACCCUCUUCCUCGGAUCAGCUCCUUAGCCGCCCCGCCGCCAAGGACUAUGACGACGCCAUCCUCUCACAACCAGGAGGACGAUGAGAUAUUGAACCCUCGUCUGCAAAUGGCUGAGGGACACCAGCAAAUGGAUCUUGAUGCUCAGAGUGAAACCGAUAGUACUGAUUAUAGUACCAAUGAUGACGAUGAUGUUACGGAAACUUCUAUUUCCAAGUUUACAUGGGCGAUCAAGAACUUCUCGAGGUUGAAAACCAGGAAGCUCUACUCGGACGUCUUCUUAGCGGGUGGCCACCAAUGGAGACUGCUUCUCUUUCCGAAAGGUAACAAUGUUGAUUCUUUGUCCAUAUACAUGGAUGCUGCUGAUUCGGCGAGCUUAGUUUUUGGGUGGACAAGAUUUGCGCAUUUCGGUCUGACUGUAAUCAAUCAAAUCAAAUCCAACCGUUCGAUCACAAAAGAUUGCCAGAACAUAUUCUGUGCACUUAGAAAUGAUUGGGGUUUUUCACAUUUUAUGCCACUAAGUGAAGUCCAUAACUCGAGCGAAGGAUUUCUUGUGAACGACACUCUUAUAAUCGAAGCCGAUGUCACUGUUCUCCGAUUCAGUGAUUGGUCUUAUGAAGAAAGAAAAGAGACAGGUUUGGCUGCUGUCAAGAGUCGAGUAGUUGAUUGCUAUCAGGACUGGACAGACCGCAUUGCUUACUCCAUGAAGGUGCUGAAUCGCAUGAUUCCUCCUCUCCUUGACGGUAUCUGUCAGUGCUUUGAGCGCUAGUCAAGCAAACCGAUAUCAGUGCUUUAUUUACUCUUGGAUAGGAAUAAUAAACAAACUGCUCUCUUUUGUUGCUUGAAACAAAUAUUAUCAUUUUCUUGAUGCAUUAUUAUUGCUUUAGUUAAUUUUCUUUUUAUUCCGCUUAUCAAUUGUUAGUGUUCGACCAAAUUAUUUAAUUGUGGUUCUCGUUAUAUGACUUUUGGUUCUUAAUCAAAAUAUGAGAUUAGGAUUUAAAGUUGAUAUUGUUUUAGUGGUUACUUCCAAUCUGUACUGUGGAUUUUUAUUUUGCUAAUAAUACAACUGUAUAUAAAAAUUAUCGUAUAUGGAAUAGAGAAGCGUAUAGAGGUUAUAUAGCGCGCGGUAGCGCUCUGCGCUCCAUAGAAUUCCCAGAAUACCCCUAUUGGCCAUCCAUUUUCCGUGCCGUCGCUCCCCUCUGACAGUUCCCUUUCUCCGCCCUCCUCUCUCCUCUCCUUUGCCGUGGUCUUCCCCGAGAUCGCAGGUCCAUCUCCUCCGUUUUCGGUCGCGAUUGGGCUCCUCCGCUUCCCCGCUCUCACGUCUCCACCUACGCUCGCCGUACGCGCCACCACCUCCUCGAUAUCUUGAUAUCUAAACCUUCGGAGUUUCUUUGACCUUUGUGCCGGCACCGUCGAAAGUCCCCAGCCAAUGGCGGGUUAGCCAUGAUCUUGGUUUUCUUCCUUGGAGGGUAUUGGUCGGUUUUCUUUUCCUUUUUUUGUCUGCAUAGUUGUUCAGAGUGAAGCCACCAGUACUGACUGAAGCCAUCAGGAGGAGGAACCUUCGUCCUUAGAUUUACGUGGGCAAUCGAGAAUUUCUCCAGGUUGAACACCAAGAAACUCUACUCUGAUAUCUUUACAGUGGGUGGCUGCCAGUGCACAACCUACCUUAUGGGUGGAGUAGAUUUGGAUGGAUCGAUCUGGCUGCGAUCAAUCAAAUCCAAAGCAAGCAUUUGAUAUGAAAAGGUGAAGUGCACAAAGGCAGCUUCCAAGUGCUAAUCGGAAGUCAGCUGUUGAUGCUCCACUCCGGUUCUAUCGGUUCUCGCCCCUCGUAAAUACGGAACCAAUCCCGUAGCUGCUUAGUGCUUACAGUCUCAUCCUUUACGUCUGAUCAGUGCGAUUGGUGCACAUUAUUCAUAACCUUUCACCUUAUUAGAGUCUUUUUGCAUAUCCACCCUUUGUAUUGCAUACCAUGUUAAAAUUUGAUUUUAAUAUCUUUGAAUCAUCUAUGCAGGAAAGGACAAUAUAGUCCAGAUCUAGAAAGAAGUAUGAGUUGGUUUAUUAACUAAAUAUGUGUUCUACUAUUAGUUUAGGAUCAAGUUGAUGGAUUGGUUAUCUGAUCAAAUCGACCGUAUAGUUACUGGGCCAAUAAUCUAAUUGAGCCGGAUGACAAUUUGGCAAAUCAAGCCAAUGGUAAAAGAUAUUUGAUGAUUACUUGAUAUUUAUGAAGAUGCAUGCAAAGACAGAGAGAACAGUACCAACCUUUGAAAAUAUUAUGAUCCUCCACACAUACCACUUGUGUGAGCCAGCUUAGUCUGCUGCAUCGCUUACCGUCUACUGCGGAGGAGAGGCUACACAGGAAGCCACCGUGAGAUGGUACACGAACAUCUGGGAGUUGAUGCUUGGUUGACUCCUCCUCCUCUGUGCAUGGAAUGGGGCGCUUAUUGUCUCUCAAAACAUAUGGAGUUUACUCCCAGUCUGAGCCGUGCACAGGGACAGCAGCAGUCGCCAUGGCCGGUGGGAUUCGGCCGAUACCGUCGCGCUUUGUCCCAUUUGCUGGCCAUGACCAAUUCGUCCACGGUAGUGUGCAUCAUCCUAUAGCUUCUCGGCAUCUGCAGUCAUAUAUAAUUGUUUUGGGUGGCUCGAUCCGAGUUUUUGUCGUUGUGCUCGGAAGGUUUUCGUUGUUGGGUUUCUCGUGGGUUAUCACCGUACGCUUCCUCCUGCUACAUCCUUAUUUUUUAUCCUGCUGGGGCCUCUCUUUCUUGCUA